AUGCGCUCGCUUAUCUGCCACCACGCAGUUGUCGACUUUGGUGUUGGUGUCGGCGCCUCUCCCAUGGCGCAGUCACGGGGCAUUUACUCUUUUCAUAGACUCACACGCGCCCACGCUCUGGGCUGGGGCUCGUCGUCCAUCUUCCGGGGCUUUCUAAUAGAACAGGGUGGUCGCCGUGGCUACGGCACGACGGCUCUCCUUCUCAAACAACACCAGCCCACCAACACCGGCGCUUCUGCAGCAUCGUCGCGCACGAGCGGUCAGGCAAGCCGCAAGCAACCACGGCAGAAGGCAGUGGCGGACUAUGGUGCUGCUGAAGCUGUUGUGGAGCCUGAGCUAGAUACCGUUACGGCGGCAGCGUCCCUGCCGCUCGCCGCGUCAUCGUCGGAGGCCGUCGUGGAAGCUGAGACCCACACUGCAUCGUCUGUGCCGCGUCACGUUUCAGGACAAGGCGCCGCGGGCAGGCCGAAGGCGGUCAAGCGAGGACGUAGAAAGCAGGAAACAGCUGCCACCAGUGCGACACGUUGCCCAAGCACACCAUUGGCCAACUCGGUCUCCUCCCCCUCCACGGUCUCGUCACGCAAGGGUCCCGACGAUGCCGCGACCACCAUAGCGCCACUUGAUCCGCCGGCAUCACCCCUCGUCGCUGGUGAGGACGGUAUCAUCGUCGCCGCCUCGUCGUCUCGGGGAAAGAAGCCCGGGAGGCGUAGAUCGACUGGUUCAUUCUUACCCUCGGACGCCGCUAGCAGUGCUGCCGCUGGCUUGGAGCCAACCGUGAAAGUCGCUGCCAAUGCUGAGGACACCGCCGCGCUAACGCCGUCCUCUCUCUUCGGCUCACCGCAGCCGGUCUACUACACGCACAUGAUGGGCACAACCCCCCGCACAGAGGAGCAGCGUGUCGCGGAGCGGUGCAGCAUCACCAAGCUGAUCAUGGUCUCCGGCUCCGUGUCUUUUCUCUCCACAACUCUUCCGCGUAGCGAAGGGCCGCUAAAGAUGUACGUGAAGGACCUCAACCGCGCACAGGCGCCGACGUACGACUCCGUUAGAGCGCUUGGGCAAGAUGCGACCCACAGCCAGUCGAACGCUGCGCCGAGCACAGGGCACGAGGGUGGCGGCAGUGACCAUGUCGCUGCUGGCACGCACACGCUUCCUGCAAUUUCUGAAAAACAGUUCCUCGAGCUGUGCCAGCGCCUCUGCGCUGAGCAGCUCGCUACCAACACUGUCUUCAUCCAUGUGCGUGAAAUGGAGCAACUGGUACCGCCACUGCACCUCCAGCUGCCUGCCGUAACAGAUGCAGACAAGAGCGAAAGCGUCGAUGCGCCAGCUGCACCAUCCGGCGAAACGACGGCAUCCACGCAGCGCGAAGGCAAGACGCGCGGGGGCCGCGGACGGCGCCGUGGUAGUGCUCGUGCGGCGAACUCUUUUACAGCCCCUGCCUCCACUUUAACGCCGCCCACCCCGCCACUGCCGGCUCUUUCCCCUGUGGAGCGCAUUCUAGCUUUGCAGGCGUGGAAAAAAGAGGCGGCGCGCCGCGCUGAGGAGACGCAAGCGCGCUACCUGGUGCCUGCCCACUAUCACGCCAUCACGCGGGUGCGCUUCCACGAUCCCCACCAGACAGACUUGACAGUGGCGAUGGGCAGCGGAUGGUGCAAGAGCAUCGCCUCCGUCCUGCGCGCCAUUGUGCGCAGCAUGCCGCAAGACCGGCGCGGCGCCGACUUGGGCAGCUCCGACACCGACAGCAGCACCAGUUGGCUCGCCGCUGAAGGGGAGGAGGACGACGGCGACAACACGGUCCCGCCUUUCCCGAUGCCCGACCCAUCCGUAUACACCAGUGAGGUGGUCACGCAAGCGGCCGACGACGCGCCGGCGCCGGAGCAGCCUGGCUUCCUCACCUCUCCCUACACAGUGAAGCCGCUGCUGACGGUGUGCGCGAGCUGCGUGCCGCGUCGCGAGGCGUGGAUCGGCACGUGCGCACCUGGCCCAUCGGCCGCGCCCGCUUCUGGCGCGGAAUCGGGGUGGAAUCCCUACUCGGUGAGGGCGGUUCCAACGGUGCCGCGCUACUCGACCCGCAUCACCAUCAUGCUCGAGCACGAUGACAUGGACCCUUCCGACCUCGUUUCCCUCGCGGAAAUCAGUACGACGCGCAAGUCCUCCUCGUCCUCUGGCGCAGAGAUGCAUCAGUCUCGGGAUCGGCAGCAUGACGCCUCGGUCAGCGGCCGCAGCGUCGACGCGACAGGGCUGCAGUCGGCCGCGCCAAACAGGAAAUCGGUGUCGCCGGAUGAAAAAGUCCACCCAGCUCCCAAAAAGCCGCUGCAUCUGUAUUGCCUCGUGCAAGAUGCGGGCGAGUACUAG